CACAUUCGAUAGCAGCCUUUUGGCAAGAACAUAUUGACUGUUCAACAAAUAUCGUGUUACGUAAGUCUCGGGCGCUUAUGGCACCUCCGAAGAAGACAUAGAAGGACUAAUACAGAGGCACCAAUAGACGUGAUGAGCUGGCAGGAAGACCCGGAUGGAGCUGCAGGGUUCGGAGUGUUCGACAACGGGAUUGAUUUAAUUGCAGAACCAUUCAAAUGUAGCACUUGCUUCGAUUCAACAGACGCAAUUGGAGUACUCUUGUUUGAUUGUGCACACUGCGUUUGUAUCACUUGUGUUACUGAUUUAUAUUUCAAUACCGAUGAUGAGAUCAUUUACUGCCCCAGUCUGGUAGAUGAUACGACAUGCAAUACAAUAAUAUUACGUGAAAAUGUUGAAAACCUUCUUGGCGAAAAGCUUUACAAUCAGUUUGGAGCGACACCAGAGGACCAUAUGCAGACAUUGGCCGACACUUUGAAGUUGAUGGAAUUGAGUGACGCCAAUAUAGUGCCAAAUAACGAACCGUUCGAGUGUCCCAUUUGCUUCACCGACAUUGCGAAGGAUCAAGGUGUGCUUCUACGUGACUGUUUCCAUUCUUUCUGCCGCGAAUGCCUCAGCCGAACUGUUAUACAUGCCGAAGAUGUGAUCGUGCGCUGUCCUGCCAUGGUGAACAAUGAAAGCUGUGAAACCUCAAUCCGGGAUUCUGAAAUAAAACACCUACUCGGUGAGGUGCAAUACAACGCCUAUCUUAGUCGAUCGCUUAGGACAGCAGAAGCUACUAAUGACAAAUCUAUCCAUUGUAAGACGCCGGAUUGCAUAUUCUGGUGCGAAACUAUGGACGGCGUCACGUCAUUUGACUGCCCUGUAUGUAGAAAGCACAAUUGUCUAAAAUGCAAAGUGAUACACGACGGAAUAAGUUGUAAAGACUACCGGAACAGACUGGUCCAGGACAAAGCAAACAAUCUCUCGGAAAAGGAGUUAGAAAAUCAGUUGGCCGCCGGUACUGUUAUGCGUUGCCCAAAGUGCAGCGUUUGGUUGACAAAAACAGCAGGAUGUGACUUCAUGCGGUGCACCAUAUGCAAAACCGGCAUAUGCUGGGCUACGCGGGGUCCUCGAUGGGGACCAGCCGGAGAGGGUGAUAAUAGUGGAGGCUGUGGCUGCAAAAUUACUAGAAGGUGCCAUCCCAAAUGCGGUGGAUGUCAUUUUUGACUGAUUGACUGACCCCUAGCUAUAUUUCAACACUCGAUUUGCAUAUGUAUAAUAGGUGUAAGAUUCAAUACGAGAAAUGUAUUGCACUUAACCAUUUUCCUUUGUUAGGAGUCGAUUCCACGACCAUUACGAUUUUUCUGUGAUAAAAAAUAUGCAUUCGCCAAAGGAUGACUAAAUGAUUUACUUGAUUAAUUUAUAUAACUAUUCUUACGUUGUAAGCUACCUGUGUUGAUAUUUUCGAUGAAUUUCAAAUACACUUACUCACACUCAUUCUCAGUCAGAUGAGACUUUUAUGGACAGAUAUGGACUAUUUACCUCGAUUGUAAGGAUUUUUUGAUCAAUUUUUUUCUUUGUAUUUUAGGUUUUGAAAG